AUGGAUUUUGUUAACUCAUUCGAUCUAGAUUCCGCAAAUGAAAAAUGUAAUCGUGUACGAUCGUGGUAUUUGUACGAACAGUAUAGAUCGCUGGAGAAGAAUCAACUAGACGCUGUCCAAAGGCUGAAGAAAAAAUCAUACCAAGAUAAAAUUUUAAAACAGGAACUUAGUGAGAGACGAGCACGGCGCAGGCUGUGUGAUCAGUUUGGAUUAUGUCAGAGUGAACCGAAACUAGACAGGAGCAUACGCAGUGUUCCCUCUAAUGUCUACCUUAAUGAUGAUGACCUUUAUGAAAGUUUUAGCGAACUUCACGAUGAGUACGAAUUGGAAAACUACGAAGACAAUAACAGCCACGUUUCAGAAACUAGCAAAGAAAAUGAAGACUUUACAAGUGUUGCUAACACAAAACAAGCUAAUUCUCCAAUUUUAAAUGGUGUUGCUGAAAAUAUUGCUAUUGAUAAAGUAGAUAAUGAUAUAAGAGAAGAGUUGGAGACCGUUAAGAAGAAUAUCGCAGAAAAUAUAACUUUACAAUUAGAAACUGUGAAGGAAAACAUUGAAUGUUUAGAAAAGUACGCUAAACUUAAUGACGAGGAGCAAAUAUCAGAUGUUGAUGAUGUUAUUUUAAAUAUUUGUGUAGAGUCAGAUGUUAAUGAUCUUUCUAACUAUAAAUUGAAAAAUACAAAGAACGAUAAUAGUAUGCAAAAAAUGUGGUCGAAUUUUGUUGACUUUGCCUACAAGAUGAUAAAUUUAAACCAUGGUAACUGUUAUUACGACUACAGUUCGCAAAUACUCACAGCUGUGUUGGCAUGCGAUGUUCUCUUACGGGGAGUCAGCAGAAUGUACUUACGUUUCACCGAUAAAAUAUAUAAGUAGCGAUUCAGAAACAUCUUUAAUAGAUAACAAAAAAACAAAAAGAAAAAAGUUGGUUCACUAUGAAAAAA